ACCACCCAGCUCUGUAGGGGAGGGGAGGGUGGAAGGGUGAGGAAAGUGGGGGAGGAGAUGCUCGUUUCAGCACCGCGGACAGCUCCCGCUACAAGCAGCCAGCAGCAGCCGGUCUGUGCGUUGCGCUGCCGGACGGACAAGAAAGUGGACGAGCAGUCAGUGAAAGCAACACGUCUCGAGGACAAAACGUCGGAAAUGUUUUCCGAGAAUCGCGCUUAGUUUAUUUCGGUGUGGAGCGACGUGUUUGUAGUGGCAGGCUACGGGGAAACCGUUCCAGGGCUCCCGAGGUCCGCGUGCGUAAUCUCUUGGAAGUUUCUCGCCACUGAGACGCGGUCGCCGCCUCGCGUCCGUCCGCACGUCCCGUGGAAUCCGCUGCUUUUGGACAAAUGAGGACUCAAAAGUGGCGGCCACGCACCAGCACCUUCUCCUGAUCGGAUUACGUCCUCCAACAACUUAUUGGACUUUCUCCUUUAACCAGCUCCGCUGUCGUUUUCCGUUUUGGCAUUGGGCGUUUAUGUGGAAAGUUCUUAUUUGUUGAACAUUACGCGCAGGAGAAAAAAGUGAGAGAAGUUCAGGUUUCUCUCCUCAUGUGACGCAAAUGGCUUCUUCCAGCCUCUAACGUCUCCGCCCGCGAUGCUCUUUUCCCAGCAGCGAUGGGAGUCCUGCAGCCGCUGAUGCAAACCGUGGAUGCGCCCGGACGCGCGUCUCUCCUGCUGCAGCACUGAUUCUUUUUCCUAUUUGGAAGUCAGGGACUCCCCGGACUGUCACCUCCGUCCCCAUUUUCGUCAACUGGAAGAGACUGGUAGGUGAUAAUGGGCAAAGACCGAUGAAAAAUGCUUAUUCAGACCACUGUGAGAUGGAGUUAGAGGCCUCGCGACGCAGAAUUUCCGAGGGCACCGCGUAGGCAACUUCUGACAGCGAUCGAUCCUUUUGUUUUUCCUUUUUUUUAAACUUGCCACAGAAAUAGGCGUGUAGCGCGCGUGCAGCUGCUCGUGGACGAUGGCGCUGAGCGGAAACUGUAGGACUAAUCCCAAAGAGCAGGCGUCCGUUCAGAACAGUUUCCCAGAUGUGGUUGAGUUGAACGUGGGGGGGCAGGUUUAUUACACGCGUCACUCCACGCUAGUGGGCACCCCGAAUUCAUUACUCGGUAAAAUAUUCUCCUCCAAAAAGGACGCGUCGAAUGACUUGGCGAGAGACCCCAAGGGCCGGUACUUCAUCGACCGGGACGGCUUUCUAUUCCGGUAUGUGUUGGACUACCUCCGAGACAAGCAGGUCGUGCUCCCGGACCACUUCCCGGAGAAAGGGCGGCUGAAGAAGGAGGCGGAGUACUUCCAGCUGCCCGACCUGGUGAAGCUCCUGACCCCCGAGGACGUCAAGCACAGCCCGGACGACUACUUCCACAGCGACUACGAGGACGGCUCGCAGGGCAGCGACCACCGGCAGUGCCCGCCGCCCUCGCUCGUGCCCGCGGACCGGAAGAGCGGCUUCAUCACCGUGGGGUACCGGGGCUCGUGCACCAUGGGCCGCGAGAGCCAGACCGACGCCAAGUUCCGGAGGGUGCCGCGGAUCCUGAUCUGCGGACGCGUGGCCUUGGCCAAAGAGGUUUUCGGGGAGACCCUGAACGAGAGCCGGGACCCGGACCGGACCCCGGAUCGCUACACGUCCCGGUUCUACCUCAAGUUCAAGCACCUGGAGCGCGCGUUCGACAUGCUGUCGGAGUGCGGCUUCCAGAUGGUGGCCUGCAACUCGUCCGUCACGGCCUCGUUCGUCAACCAGCACACCGAGGACAAAGUGUGGUCCAGCUACACGGAGUACGUCUUCUACCGUGGUCCAUCGCGUUGGUCCUCGCCUCCGUGCGACUGCUGCUGCAAAAACCACAAAGGCGACGGCGAGAGCGGCACCUCGUUCAACGAGCUUUCCACCUCCAGCUCCGAGAGCCAGUCCGAGGCCAGUUCUCCCCAGGGAACAGUCAUCUGCGGCCCGGUCAGCCGCCAAGCGCACCCCCACGCCAACGUCCAGACCCUGGACAGGCCCCCGAAGAAGGGCCCCGUGGCCAUGCUGCAGCAGUCCGAGCACCGGCGGAAGAGCGACCUGCUGCGCACGCUCACGGCCAGCUCCCGCGACACCAGCACCUGCAAGAAAAGACCCACCAAGGAGAAGCUGACGGUGGAGGAGGAGCUGGAAAAGUGCAUCCAAGACUUCCGCAAGAUUAAGAUCCCAGAAAGGUUCCCGGAGAGGAAGUACAUGUGGCAGGCCGACCUGCUGAGAAAGUACCGCCUCUGAGCCUGGAACCCGGACAGGGGGGGGGGCGUCGAAGAGUGAGGCCACGGAUCAGUUUGUAUGUUUUUUGAUCAAGAAUUUUGCAGUGAAAAUGAGAAAAUUGUGAACUCAGUCGAAUCCAACGACAGUAGGCUAAAAGUCAAGACAGAACCUAUGAAAAAGCCUAAAAAGAGGUUUGCUCCGACAUAAGUAGUACGUAUGUGUGCGUUUAGUUUAGGCCCAACGUAUGUUCUGUAAGUAUGUGCCGUACUAAUUUAUACCUGAGGGCCUCCACAAUGAACAGAUCGACCAACGGAAGGCUUGAAGAUGGCCUUGGAGGCUGUUCCUGUGGGUCACUGGACUACACACACAGUCAUAAGAAGAAAAAAAGUCACUGGAGCCACUAAUUCAGUGCACAAACACAAACACUGACUGAGUAUGCGAAUGCGUGUGUUUGUGUGUGUUCGGGCCCAGGUGGCCUAGAGGUCACCGAUAAAUCUGCAUCAGGAUCUAUUAAUAAUUCAUGCUGUCCCGACAGUGCUCUCACUAUAAAUACACGUGGAGCUCCUGCAGCCUGGAUGGAGUAAGCCGCCGGCUCGAUAACGUUACUUUUAGGCAACAUUUGGGGACUUCUGUGGUGGGAUAAGGUACAAUUUCAUCAGCGCCGCAAUUAACUUUCCGUUCUCAUUUCAGACAAAUUGCAAAUGUACCCCAAGUGAAUCCAACUGCCUUGCACUGCAUUGAUUUUAAUCAUGUCGGCUAGAUAGUAGAGCACUACCCAGGUGACUGUGUGAAGGAUAAGUGAAAGGGUAACGGAUUUGAUUUGAUCGUCACACCACGGGGAAAUAUGGAGGUUAAAGAAAGAGUCCCGAUUUUUAUUCAUGGUACAACUCUAUUUACUGUACGCUACAGAAAUGAACAGGGGACUCACAAACAUCGUUCCUGCAUAUGUAAUAAACACAAAGCUCACAACGGCUCAGUCAUAAGGUCAUUUAAAUCAGGCUCGAUUUGACAUCUUCAGUAAAUAAGAGAGGAGACAGGCCUGCAGCGUUGGGUCGCCUUGUUACUGCAGACGAAUGCAGUCUGCACGGACUCGUGACACUAAUCAAUAGUUACUAACGACGGGGUCUGAUGAUGGAGCUCAUAGUGUUUUUCUCCCCCGAGUUAUGGACAAAGACAUGUUCACAAAUUCACGUAUUUAUUUAUGUAUCUGUGACUGUCAGGGUCAGUGGGGAGUAUGUGACGUUCGCACAGAAACACAAACUAGAGAAGGAUCUUCUUAAGAAGCACAAUUUAAUCACAUAAUUGCCUGAAGGUUGACGUUUUUUUGUGCAGCCUGUUGGUGGAUCACAUAUUUAUAUAUCAACGAACAAAGUGGUUAAAGAAGUGAUUUUCAUAGUGAUAUUUACUUAGAGUUAUGAUGGUAAACCUAAAAUAAAUGUCAUACUGAUUAUAGCAUUAAAUGGUAAAAAAAGACAUAUGACUAAAUAAAUAUAAAAAAUAUAAUUUAUAUUAUUGUAUAAAUAUAAGAAAAUAAAAUAUGUCUCGAACAACCUCUCAAAGUGGAAAGGCUUUCAAAACCUCAUGUGCAAUGUAUGAGACGCCUUUAAUUUAUUUAUUAAUGUAUUUGUGCAAUUAAGAGUCAAUAACAGGAAGAAGCUGAAGAAAUGAUUGGCAGGCGACCGCUUACAGAUACACAUGUUUGUUGAUCACAGCUUCAGGGAACGCAGAUGACAGACAGUGAUUUAUUUGAGUUAUGAAGUUAUAAAUAUUUAUAAACCAACUUGUAUAGAUUAAUGUUAAAAAUGACCUUGGAUCACAAAAUGAAAACGAAAACAGAGCAACUAAAAAGCAUUUCCAAAGAGAAAAAUGAACUUCUAAUAAAUUUGAACUAUGUUCAAUCAAGAAUCCAUACACACAAUAAAAUAUGCAAAAUAUUGACAUGUUAAAAGAUUUUUCUAUUUUCAAAAUGUCCCUAUAUAAUAGGCCUGUCAUGAACAACAGUUAAGAUAAUGAAUACAAGGUAAUUAAAUGUUGAUAAAUUAUUAUUUUUAUAUCACUCCCCUUCAAAAUAUAUAUGAUCAAAUGCUUUUAUUGUAUGUUGCCCAUAAACAGAACUUACAUUAUAGUCAGUGAAGUGGCUCAUGGGUUGUAAGGCAUUUACCUGACCUUAGUUCUGCCCCCACACGUGAACUGCUUUAUUGUAGUACAGAGAAAAAUGGCUGCAAUAUGUGGUGAAUAAAAUCCAAGCUUUGCCGUGUCAAUGAAGUGAAUGACAUAUUUUUAUACUGCAUUAUAUACAUUUCCAUUUUCCUGUAUCUUAUCAGUUGGAGAUAUAAAUAUUUUAAGUCAGACUACACAGCACAUGUAAAUAAACACCAUAAGUCAUCCCCAGCCAGAGUAAUGUAUUAUACCCGCUGUAUAUAUAGUAACAUGCAAAUCCAUGAGGUGUGACUGCUGCGCUGCCCUGUUAGUGACUGUAAACAGGUUAACGUUCAGAGUGUUGGGCCAUCAGGGGAUCAGGGGAAAUAUACUGCACAAGUAGAACACAAUAUUUGUCUGUGACUACAACACAUCACAACAUAGUGCUUCAGUUCAGUUCAACAGUGUCAUAAAUGGACUGACACUAUAUUUAUCUGACAGCACCACAGAGGCCCUCACUGGUGGCUCAGGUAUUUCAGUGACACUGAGUUGCAAUCGAUAGAUCUUAAAAUUGAUGCAGUGCCCAAAAACAACACAAAAAUAAAACGGGUUCAGCUGCAGCUGUGCAGCUGCUAAACCGACAAACUGAGUGCUGAUUUCUGGAGAAGGUCUGCCACUAAAAUACUACAAUACAACAUGUAAGACAACGUUAAUGACAGAGGCCCAGCAUGAAGCCAAGACAGCUGCCACACGGGCCUAGAGGGGCGAGUUCUAAUCAUCAAGAUGCUGCUGAUGUCACGCUACUGCAUCUGCACCGUGUGGUGAGAGAGUCAAAUGGGCACAUUCCAUGAGCACAGAGCCAACACACUGUACAUGUUAGUACAGAUUAGCUGCAGUAUCACUCGUUUAGUUCGGUUGGGUUCGAAGCUACAACCUUCACUUUGAGACAUUUUACCUGUUGAAGUGAGCACAAUACGUUUAUAUGUGUGUGACAUUUGUUUCUGAAAAGCAACAUGAUCAACACAAGUGUACAUAAAGAGAAGGAAGCAGACGUGGAAGAUUCUCAUUAUCAAUAAAGAAUUCUUGUAUAGCGUUUUGUAUAUUUUUAUAACUUUUUUUGACAUCUGCACUAGUCGGUCUUGUGCUGUUCACAUUCCACUGCAUUUCGAUGAGAAAUCAAGUUGGGAUUGCUGUGCGGGACGUAUGUGCUCUACUCUGCCUGCCAUGUUUAGAUGUGUUAUGUUGUUCAUCAUGAGACGCUUCUGGAAAAAAAGUCACACACAGACAAGGCAGUGGAAAAAGAAAAGCUGGUGACAAACAGAUUAAAAGCCUUCUAGUGUGGACAAAAAGCAUACAUGUUAUUUACCAGACUCAGCUUGACUCAGAUUUAGCUCAAAGGAAAGAAAAAGGAAGUGAUGCUACUGUAGUAAGCCGUCACCUCGUUAUCAGGACAGCCCAAAGGCUGUGUGUGAUUUUCUUUCCUGAAGUUCUAGUCAUGACCUGCAAGUGAAGCCUGUGUGUGUGACUGCAAGCCCUGUUCUUUUCCUUCUGCCUUUGAUGAGCCUGUGAACCACAGAGGAAACCUGCAAUAUUCUGAUACCACCACGGUUGGCCUGGCACAUACUGUUUGAAACAAAAAGGGUGUCUGUGUUGGUGUAUGUUGUUCUGACACAAAAAAGAAAAAAUGGUUCUGAAACAUUGUGAGCAUGUUGGUAUACAAAAUGUAAAACAGAUCUAACUCAGUCUGUUCUUGUGCAAAAAGAUUAUGUCAAAACCUGAUAUUUACCAGAAAACAAGAAAACCUGCAAAAAAAAAAAAAAAAAAGAUAAGCACAAACGUGUUGAUAGUGUCUGCUGUUUCUCCACAGGUGUAUAACAUCAAAUAAAAAGUCAACUCUGCAGUGGACCGAGUUCCUGCAAGACAGUGUGAUUCUCACCAGGCGGAAUCCUUGUUACACCACGAAUGUAACAAACAUCCUAUAUUAUAUCAGCAAUUGUGAAAAUAAGCGACCUUCAAAUUUUGGCAGAACCAAAUGUGGACCGUCAACACACACAAACACGCCUCUCUUGGUGAGAGUUGCCCUGUGUUCCAGGUGUGACGUCCUCUUCCUGUACCACGUCAGUACGAUUCAUCAGAGAGUCUUUAGAUACAAAGCAUAUAGUCAUUUUGAAAAUGUACGAGUGCAAACCAAUAAACAAGACGUUCUGUACAGCGAA